UAGGCUUCUCUGUGCGCUCGGGGAGUGUUUCCCAUUUAAAACAAACACAGCUCGCGCGGAAGAUGGCGGAGCGUUCAGAAGUGGCUUAAAGGAAACUGGCGUGUUGGAAGUGGGACACGUUAUUAAAAAAUAAAAAACUCGACCCCUCCGUGUUGGCCUUGCUGAAGUCCUAGAUGCCCUCUGUGACUGGGUCUUUAAUUAGAGUUUCCACAUUGUCACUCAAAGGAUGUGAGGUGGAACGGUGUGGAUGUCAUCAUUCUCCACUGCUGCAAAGGUGCUGAUAUGUGUUGAAGAUGAGCGGACCAGGGGAGAACACUCUGGAGCCAUUAGGCUAUGAUCGGAAACGUAAACUCUCUACUUGUGACACCCCAGGACUAGGGUGUGAUAAGCGUCGGAGAGAACAGGAGUGUAAAUAUAUCGAGGAGCUCGCCGAGCUGAUCUCAGCUAACCUCAGCGACAUCGAUAACUUCAACGUCAAACCGGACAAAUGCGCCAUCCUUAAAGAGACAGUACGCCAGAUACGGCAGAUUAAAGAGCAAGGAAAGGGUUCGUGUGGCGACGACGAUGUCCAAAAGGCAGACGUAUCCUCUACGGGUCAGGGGGUCAUCGACAAGGAUCACCUGGGCCCUCUGCUCUUGCAGGCUUUGGAUGGCUUUUUGUUUGUGGUAAACCGAGAGGGAAACAUUGUGUUUGUGUCCGAUAAUGUGACUCAGUAUCUACAGUACAAGCAGGAGGAGCUGAUCAACACCAGCGUCUAUAACAUCCUGCAUCAGGACGAUCGUGAGGAGCUGCAGAAAAACCUGCCCAAAGCCAGCGGAGCGAAUGGUGUUUCAUGGACUGGAGAUGCCUCUCGUCAGAAAAGCCACACCUUUACCUGCCGGAUGCUGGUGAAGUUCGGCCAUGGAGGCCAUGGAGCAGAGGAUGGAGCAGGAAGGCCACGUUAUGAAACCAUGCAAUGUUUUGCGCUCACCCAGCCUAAAGCUAUGAUGGAAGAGGGUGAAGAUUUGCAGUCUUGUAUGAUCUGUGUGGCGCGAAGAGUGACCGUGUCUGUAGAUCGCAUUGAGAGAUUCAGCACCAGGCACGAGCUUUCAGGUAAGCUGAUCGAAAUCGAGCAACAAAGCUCUUUACACACCACUAUGCGUCCCGGCUGGGAGGAUCUGGUGCGCAGGUGUUUGCAGAUGUUUUUACAUCACAGUGAAGGCCAGGCCUGGUCUUGCAAACGACACUACCAGGAGGCUUGUAUACGUGGUCGAGCAGAGACUCCACUGUACCACUUUUCCCUUUCUGACGGAACUCCGGUAACUGCGCAGACACGCAGCGAGCUCUGCCGAAACCCAAAUACCAAUGAUCCUCACAGCUACCUCUCCACUCAUCUACUGCAGAGGGAGCAGAAUGGUUACAGGCCAAACCAGGGAGGUGUAAUGCGUUCCCAAGGAAUGGGUGGUGCCAACCAUAAUUCCCAAAUGAACAUGACUCCUGGUGGGCAGAUGGGCAUGGGGAAUGCCAGAGGCUAUGGUAUGAAUGACUCGGGGCAUAUGGGACCCAGAGUAGGCCCCAUGUACGGGCCUGGGAACAGAAUGAAUCAGAUGAACUCAAUGCACCAGAUGAAUCCAAUGAGCCAGAUGAACUCUAUGAAUCAAAUGAGCCAGAUGAAUGCAAUGAACCAAAUGAAUCAGAUGAACCCCAUGAAUCAGAUAAACCAGCUUAACCCUAUGAGUCAAAUGAAUCAGAUGGGGCAUCCCGGAAUGAAUCAACAUUCACAGCACUUCCAUAGUGGAGGCUAUGGACUUGGUAUGACGAGUCCUUCCCAUGGUAGCCCAGGUAUGAACCCUUCUCAGCAGAACAUCAUGGGAUCGCCACGAAUACGAGGAAGCCCCAAGAUGGGGGCCAGCCCUUUCUCUCCAGGAGGUAUGCACUCUCCUAUAGGGCCUGUUGGAAUGACUGGCAGUAGUGGCUCCUCUGGUGGCAGCACUUUUUCAAGCAGCUCCCUCAAUGCCCUACAGGCCAUUAGUGAGGGGGUAGGCUCCUCCCUUCACUCUACACUCACCUCCCCUUCUCACAAGUCAGACAGCUCUCCCAGUAUCAACUCAACUCAGCUUGGUCAACCAAACCAACCUGGGGUCAGUAAAGGGCCCAAUGCUGGCGAAACAAAGAGCCCUGUUAGUACCCCUGUCACGGGGACGGACCAGCAACACUCAAAUGCAUCGGAAACCUCAACAGAUAAGCCAGAUAGUCAGUGUAACAAAGAUAGCCAGGCUGGAGUUGAUGUGCAGCGGAAGGGUCCAGAAGGAAAGGGCCAUAAGAAGCUACUCCAGUUGCUGACGUCUCCACCGGAAGAACUUGCCUUAGGAGCAGGAACUGGAGCGCCCCCUCCAGGACGUGCGUCCACUCCAAUCGGUGCAGACUCUAAAGAGGCUGGAGGUUGUAUGACGAGCCCUUCUUCCACCGGUGUAUCAUCAUCAUCAUCUGCUUCAUCAGGAGGCACCACAGUGCAUGGUUCAGGAUGCGUGUCAUCUACGGGCUGCAUGGGUGGCCACCUCACGUCUCAUUCCCUGCAGGAGAAACACAAGAUCCUCCACAAGCUCCUGCAGAACGGCAACACACCGGACGAGGUUGCGCGUAUCACAGCCGAGGCCACGGGGAAGGUCACCUUACCUUCGGAUCACCAGGGCUCCGAGGGUGUAGGGUUGGAGGUCAAGCAAGAGCAACACAGUCCAAAGAAGCCAAAUGCUCUGCUCCACUAUCUUCUGAACAAGGAUGAUACUAAAGAUAAUAGCAUAGAGGGCAAACCAGGACUGGAUGAGCUGGAGGGGCGUGGGAUUGGUUCAGUAGGUGUCACAACCUCGGACUCCAGUAGCCAGGAUAGCAAGGUCAAAAUCGAGCCACCUGAUGAGUUGCAAAGCUUGGAGAGCAUUCUAGGAGGCUUGAAACCGGGUACGGGGAUGUUUGCUGAUUCUGGAAGCACAGAGGGAGAAAAUAAAAAGGGGAAUGGACCCAACAGUGGUCCACAUGACCGUGAGGGGCCAGGGAUGGGUCCUGGGCCUCGAGUGCCCUUCCAGAGAGCAAUAUCUGUGGACAGUAAACUAUUUGGAGGGGCAAGAGGGUCAGGCAGGAAAAGUGGCUCUUCUGUCAUUAAACAGGAAAGCUUGGACAGCCACAUAGGCAUGGGUCCUAACAGACAGAUGGCCAUGAAUCAGAUUCCCCCUAUGAUGGGGCCAGGUGAAUGGAGAAUGCCAGGUCCUGGGGGCAGCCCAAGUGGCUCUAACGGGCACCCCGGUAUGGGUUGUCAAGGCAUGGAUCCAAAUCCCAAGGGAAUGAUGGGAGGACCUAUGGUGAACAGAUCAAACAGUGUACCAACACCUAGAUCCAUGCUACAACAGCAGUUAAUGGAUAUGGGUCAAAAUGACAUGGGGAUGAACACAUUCCGAGGGCAGCCACAUCCUCCUCAGUCUCCAUCGUGGCCAGAGUGUGGUAUGGGCAUGGAGAGACCCUCUAAUGCAAGCAGCAUGCCAUUUGGAAACCCCUUGGAUGAACUGCUUGCUCCUCCAUCCACCACUGAAGGUCAGAGUGAUGAGCGAGCUCUGCUUGACCAGCUCGACUGUCUCCUCAACAACACGGACAACCUCGGCUUAGAGGAGAUCGACAGAGCACUUGGGAUCCCCGACCUAGUUGGCCAGGGCCAGAGCGCCGAGCAACCAGCAACUCCUACAGAUUCUUUCCCAGGCCCAUCUCCAGAUUCGUCUAUGAGUAUGGAUCCUAAAGUCAUGUAUGGAACAGGCUAUCCUGGUCCACCUUCCAUGGGCAUGCAAGGAGGUUACGGGCCUGGGCCCGGACCUAAUACUGGCCCUGGCCCUGGCCCCGGCCCCGGCCCCGGCCCUGGACCUAGCGCCAUGCAGGGCCACCCGGCACAAGGAUUUCACCCAAUGAUGCAGCAGAUGGGUGGGAUGGUGGGCAUGAAUCCCCGUGCUGCCAUGAUGCGUCCACGAAUGAUGAAUGCUAAACAUCCACUCAGACUCCAUCUGCAGCAGAGGCUUCAGUUUUUGAACCAGCCCCGACAGAACAUGCUGAUCAAAUCGGAGAACGCACCGACUGGAGCGAGGCCCGGCAUGCAGCCUGGCAUGCAGCCUGGGAUGCAGCCCGGGAUGCAACCGGGCAUGCAACCGGGCAUGCAACUCUCUGUACAGCCCGGCAUGCAACUCUCCGUGCAACCCGGCAUGCAACCCGGCAUGCAACUCGCCGUGCAGCCCGGCGUGCAACCUGGCGGGCAACCCGGCGUGCAACCCGGUGUGCAAACUGGCAUGGGAGGACAGCCAAAUUUUAUAAAUGCUCAGAUGCUGGCUCAGCGAAAUCGAGAGAUAAUGACUCAGAGAAGGCAGAGGAUGAUGAUGCUGCAGCAUCAGCAGCAGCAGCAGGCUGCAGCUGGAGGAUUCAGCCCCCCUCCCAAUGUCACUGCUCCCACUGGCAUAGACAACUCCAUUGGUGGAACACCCAUGAAUCAGCCUGGCCAACAGCCAUUUAACUACGGAGGAAACUAUGCUAUGGGUCAGCAGGGUGACCCCUCAUUCAUGGCCACUGGAAACAGCCCGCCUAACAUGAUGGCCGGGCGUAUGGGGGGUCCCCAGAAUCCCAUGAUGCAACAGCACCCUCAGAGCGGGCCCAUAUACCAGUCAGCAGAUAUGAAGGGAUGGGGACCGGGUGGCAUGCCCAUGAAUAAUUCAUACCCUCAGCAGCAGCAGCAGUUCUCCCAGCAGGGGGCACCAGUGCAGUAUGGAGGCAUGAUGAUGAACGGAGCAAUGCAGGGAGGAGUGAACGGGCCAGGACAGAUGAUGCCGAUGCAAGGGCAGAUGGGAAUGAACUCCAUGGGCAUAGGUCGCAUGCCAUUGGGUCCUGAUCAGAAGUACUGAAGCAGAGCACCGUUUCUGCGAGAGAGAGAGAAAGAGAGAGCAGAGCAAAGUUAUUUCAUACACUGAGAAAACCCUGAGAAACAAAACACACAGUACUGCCCUGCUACUGCUGCGAAAGGACAGCCUGGACAUUAGACAGAGCACUUGUCCACAUCACUGUGUUCUAAUUCUCUCUGAAGCAUUUGUGUUUGCCCCAGAAUAGCGUUUGAGCACAAACACUCUGCCGAUCUGCAGCCAAACUCCUGCUCUUCUGCGAAGCUGUGUGAGUGUAAUGCCAUACUUCACCACCAGAGGGUGUGCUUUUCUCUCGCUGUGGAACUGCCCUGGUGCCGGGGUGAGGGAUGCACUUUAUCACAAGGCUAAUAAGGAAAAAAAAAAUAUCUGCAAUAUGCCCUGCUCAUUCUAGCCUUAUUUAAAGACUAUAUUUUCAGAAAAAAAAAAAAAAAACUUCUUGGUGACAUGUUUUAGCAGAAACCUUGCUUUCAGGACAGACUGCUACAGUUCCACACUAUAUGCAGCUACAAGCAAUAAUUUUCUUCUCUAUGCCAUAUCUGUUAAACUGGUGCACCAUUAAAAUAACAGAGCAAAAGGUACUGCAGUAUUAACUGGGCUUUUUGUUUUAUAUGUGAAUAAGGACAGACUUGUACAUGCUGUAUGCUCCAAAUGUAUCAUAUGUGCCCUUAUUAUAUACUGUACAUUUUUGCACAGAUUUGGCCCAUGUGAGGUUCAGCAUAUUAUAUUUUAGGUCAAUAUUGCUUGGGCGUUAAUUCUAUUUUAACUUUCUCAAAGGGAAAACAUUUUUUUAAAGAUUUUUAUCUUUUUCCGAUCUAGCCUUGUUUUCUUUACAGUAUUGCAGUGAUGACAGCCAUUAGUUUUUUCGAGGGCACUUUUUUUCUGUGGAAAUAAAAACAGAGAAAUCCUGUCUGAUCAAGCAGUUACGUUAAGAAGACGUCAUGGUUUAUGUUUUUUUGCUGUAUUUUGUGAGCAUUUUACAGACACGGUGGUGAAUUUGAGUGAGACGGUUAUUUCUCUCAGCCUUUCUCUGUGAGCUAGCUGUUACUAUCGUUUUAUUGUUUUAAGUGCUGGUUCUUCAUCGAUCUACCUUUAAUAAACUUGCACAAUCCAAAGAUAUAGAUAUUUCAUUGCUUCGCUGAAAUUUUUACCGUACCCGUUGUCUUUUUGUGUAAAUUAAACGGAGUGCAAGGUACAUAUCAUUUAAGGUUAUCGUUAUGAUUUUGUACUUCAUGCUGUUUCCCAACCAAUGUAAUUUUAAGGCCAGUUCAUGAAGAUUUUUUUUUUUUUUUUUUCUUUCCCAAGAAAUAGCAAACAGGCAACAUAUCAGCUUUUUUUCUCUAAGCUUCUUAAAGUCUUUGAGCAGGAAAUCAAUAUUUUUUUGUCUUUUAUUUUCAAGUACAAUACAUUGGAUCAUAAUGAAAUAUAUUUCGAAAUGAGAACAAUGUUUGGUUUAAGUUCUGGGAAAGGGUCUGAUUAAUUUAUGUGGUCAAGCAAGCGAAUAAGCUGAUGUUUUACCGGAUGUAAAUCGCAAUACAAUUUAUUCUUUUCCUCGAUGUUGAUAUUGUUGUAAAUAAAAUUUAUAUUUAAACAUGA